AAGUGAAUAUUAAUUGGGGAUUAUUUUUUAAGAUAUUUAAAAAGCAAGUAAAAAUUCAGGGUGGCAGGAUCCUAUAAAGAAGCAAGCCGGGGAUACCAUUUCCGUCUUCACGGCACUUUUACACACCUUUUAUCCUCCUCUUCUCUUCUGCUCUGCCUCUGCAUAAACCCUCACAGUUUUCUCUCUCCAAACUCUAAAACCCACCGGAAAACUGAUACUUUCAGCCUCUUCUGCUGUUCCUGCUGUACGUUUGUUUCUGCGUACCGGAAAUAGCACAGUCAACGACGACCUCUGCCCUGCUCUGCCCUUCUCUUGCGAUAUAUAUAUAUUCCUUGAUUCCUCCACCCUUCCUCUCACACUUUCUUUUUUCCGGCAAAAAGGAGUUUUUCUCCUUUCUUCUCACUCUAAACCCGCCUUUAACUCUCUCUCUCUCUAGCAUGUGUUCUUCUCGGCAACUUCUUCGGUAUUACCAUUCAUAACUUUUUCAAGCGUUCUCUCUCUUCUUUUUUCGCAACUUUAUUUCCCUUUGAGAUUUUAUCGAUGACCCUUUAAUCUUCUCUCUCGCACGAGUAUUCCAACCUCUUUAUUCUUCUAUCGUUAACGAAUCUACGCUUUUUCAAGUCUCUCCAUAUAAAUUCAUCGUCUUCUUCCUUUCAAUGUCAAUCUGACCAAAAUCUGUUGCAGAGAAUGGAAACCCCAGCUGUUUUUUCGUCAGUUAAGUUCACUGAACAUAAAACCCACAUUACAAUGCUGAGCAAGUCCUUGUUAACCACCAAAGAAAAGGCAUCCAGUCGACGGGAUAUCUCGGAGGCGAAUGGUGCGGUUGCUGGACCUAGAGUUGUGAGGAUAUCGAUGAUCGAUGAGUAUGCGACUGAUUCUUCCGGAGACGAAGAGGAAGUUUUCUUUGGCCGGAGAAGAGUGAAGAAAUUUGUUAAGGAGGUUACGAUUAAGCCUCUUUCCGGCGACGAUGUUAACAUUCACUGUAAUAGGAUUGGAAACGGAGAUAGGAGCGUGGGAAAGACGAAGGUCAGUCGGAGGAAGAAUCCGGAUGCUAAAUGUGAUGCGAUGAAGAAACGGUUAAAGGUUAGUUCCGGUAAAAAGUUUCGCGGAGUACGACAGAGGCCUUGGGGGAAAUGGGCGGCUGAGAUUAGGGACCCGACUCGACGAGUUAGGCUGUGGCUUGGAACUUAUGAUACCGCCGAAGAGGCUGCAAUGGUGUAUGAUCACGCGGCGAUACAGUUGCGUGGUCCCGACGCGCUGACAAACUUCACCGUUCCACCACCGGUAAGUAUCCAGUUAACAGACAAGAAACUGUCGUCCGUUGACUCCGAUUACAACUCCGGCGAAGAAUCACAAACCAACAUCAAAGCAUUAUCACCGAAGUCGGUCCUUCGUUUCUCCUCAUCCUCCACCGACGAGUGCGUUGCCGAGUCGACUCAGCACAGCCCUUUACACGAUACCAUCAAUGAACCUUCAGUACUUACAGACACCACCGCUUCAGUCUCCGAGAACUUCUCCGAUUUUCGGCCAUUCGACGAUCCUUUCUGCACCACCGAUCUGUUCGACUUCCCCGAUUUCGUACAAGACAUUUACGACCCGACAAGCUUUUCGGGAACCAUGCUUCAUGGAUCCGGACCAUCCGACGUAUUCUUCGGGUGUGCCAACGAUUUCGGGUUCGGAUCGUCAUCUUGGCCCGCAGACGAUUUCUUCACAGACAUUGGCGACAUAUUCGGAUCGGAUCCUCUCGUUGCCCUUUAGAUAAUUGGAUCCGGGUCACUUGCUGAUUAUCAAUUUAUUAUUCAGCAAUUUUUUGUACGGAAAUAUUAUUUGAUUUUAGUCUUGAAGCGUUUAUAUGUAUAAAUAUUUUAGUUGGAGAACUCCGUUAACGAUAAAGUUAAAGGUAACGGACGAGUUAGAUUUGAUAUAACGGCGUUAAGCCCAUAUGUAUUAUGUAAUGUAAUGCAAGGCACGUGUCAUAACACGUGACCCGCAAAUGUUAACUACUAUGAAUUAGGUGAAGAAAUGAAAUGGAAUGAAUGCUAUAUGUUUUAUCAUGCA